GCAGGAGCUCCAUCACUGAUGCAGAGGAGAGGAGGUGAGAGAGGAACAACGCAACUCACUGCUGCGCAACUAUACUUUCACCUGCUGCAACAACACGUAACAGCCCAAAGCUGCCGCUCUUUCAUUUUUGCACGAGAACAUUUGUAUCUUUUUUUCAACGCAUUUUGCUACGUUUAAGUGAUGCUGCUGUGGAAAUGCCUCUCAUUUCUGUGGUUUAGUUGAUGUGUGUGGGCAGAGGAGACGAUCUUCCGAUCUGGGACUGAACUGAGCGGAACUGAAUCCAUUAAGCCGAUCACACAGAGGAUGGACAUACAUGGGAGAAUAACACUACAGCGCAUCUUUGACUUGUUUAAUUAGUUUAGACUAGAAAAACAACAACAACAACUACAUCGAUAUCUUUAAUUCGAGCUAUUAACCGUAUGAAUAAAUUAAAACGGGUAAUUUUGAGUUGAAGAAAUUGUAAAUAAUGGGAAACUAACGCCGUCCGACUACUUUGAUAACAUUUUGUAAGCCCCAACAGGAGUUUUUCUUUCAAAGACAAUAACAACGUUGGAUUUCCACAAUGGCAGUAAACACAGAUACGGAGUUUGGUAAAUCAAAUCUGGGGGAGAGUGGCGGCACGCAACCAGCCGAGACGGAGAAACUGCUCGUGACCACCGAGCCCACCGGGGUGAAGACCUCUAGCUCCUUCACCGUCAGUGUCGGGGGCGACAAGACUCUCGACGGGGACCAGAAUGGCCACAGUCUGCCGCUGAGGUCCGGUUCGGCGGGGCAUCUCGGCGCGGCUCCUCUCUCUCCGUCUAGAGUGAGCCUCAGCCGCACUUCAUCCACCGGUAAUGCCGUCCAAGAGCAGCAAAAACCCAAAGACUACCUCAUACUGGUCAUUUUUUCCUGCUUUUGUCCCGUGUGGCCAAUAAGCAUCGUUGCACUGGUCUAUUCAAUUAUGUCCAGAAACAGUCUACAGCAGGGGGAUAUGGAUGGGGCAAGACGUUUGGGACGUUUGGCUCGUCUGCUUAGCUGUGUGGCCAUCAUCGUGGGCCUCCUGAGCAUCAUAAUAUAUGUGGUGGUUGCAGUUACCGGAAAGGGGACAAAGUAAAGAUGACUACUACUACUACUACUACUACUGCAAAAAAACCCACAGAUGAUGUAAUUAAAACAAGAUCUCCCUCUUAUCAAUAACGCCACAGAAGAUGAAAAAGAAACGAGGACUGUCGCAACUAAAUAAGAUCUGAUUAAGUAGCGAAAAUGCAUGCAGUAGGUUAGCAUGCUCAGUGAAAAAAUUAAAUAAAUUCAAAAUCCCAUAUGUUAAAAAGAACAGUGAUGGCUUGCAUUAUGUAAAUGAGAAAUACUGCUGUAUCGGCAAAAAAAAAGUGGCCUGUGGAUGAUGACACAAAGGACAAGGACUUCUUCUUUUCUUUUCUUUUUUCAAAAAUGGAAAACGUCUACACACAGCUGCAUUUUAACCUUAUAUUACUCCUGGUCGAUCUUGCAUUUGAAAAUUAUGCACAGAAAUAUUUGCAACUAAUAAACUACUGAUGUAUGUUUUAUAGAAAAGAUUUCUAUGUGGAGUCUGAGCUGAGGGAUUGAACUAGGGUCGACUUAUCCAUGUCAGGUGUAGAAACGAACACUGGGGUUGGAGGUUUCAUUUUUCUCCAUUUAUUUUGUAGGUUUGGAUUUCAAACAAAUGACCACGUGCAUGUCUGACCUUGUAUGUGAAUAAGUGUCAGCAUUUUCAAUGACUAUAUCUUUUUUUAAUCUGUGAGAGUAGUAGUGGGAGUCUACAGAUGGGACUGUACAUCGUUGUCCGUAGUGUGUCAAAUGCUAUAUUCUGUCAAAGACACAGCAUUCAUGGAGAGCUCAGCCUCUCAUUACACGUCCUGUACUAGUCUAGUUUUCUUUAGAGAGGUAAGACUGUAACGAUACGCAUGCCAGGCCUCUCUUUCCUAACAAAAACUGCUGGAGCAUGGACAUUCAUCUAGAGGCAUGCGGCGGCCAGCACCAUUCUGUGCCAAGACCUUUAUAUCAGUAUGCUAAACGCACCACAGGACUAUUCAUCCUUCCCCGGGUUCUUUCCAGGACAGAAUGUCAGACUCCCGGUCAUAAAUCUCCCUACUUAACCCUUAUAAAUAUGAGAUAUAUAUCAACAUAUUUAUAGAAAUAUUUAGGCAUGCUGUGGGUGGACAAAACACUUUCUAUCUUUAAGAAUGAGCUUGUGUGUAAGACCGUGUCCUAACCAGACGCAACGUGAUAAGACUCUUGUCUUGACAGAGUUACAUGACGUAACAAAAGAUACAAAACAAUGUCACAGCCAAUCAGAAGAGAGUGUAGGCAUGAUCGUCUGCAAGUGACGAGUUUAUAACGCAUAAUACAAAAUAACCAGAGCAUUGUUAAAAUACAUGCUGAAUGACUGUUA